CGUGUCUUCUUGCACAUGCGCAUUACCAAACAAACGCAAACUAAUAAAAGGUAGGGUUGCCCAAACCGUUGUAGUCGGUUCUCUCAGCUAAUGUGGUAAAAUCUGUAAUCAUCUGAUUUAAUGCGACGUUUUCGCUACGUUAUUUUAUCCUGGUCACGGUAAAAUAUAUUCGUUAACGUGAACGUUGUGAGAUUUAUCAGUGGAAGACAACGGGAGACGAAAAAAAUCCGUAUUUGUCUGCAGCCCGGAAAGGCUUCUACCGAUCGACUUAGCUAACACUAGCUAGCAAAAGCGGUACAUACCCGGGCCCAGGCCGGCGGCUUUCUCGGAUACCAAGGAAUUUUGAAGUUUCCUGGCUUUAAAUAUUUAACAUAUUUAAGCGCGAUGGCUUGUGGAGCGACUCUAAAAAGGAGUUUGGACUUUGAUCCGUUAAUGAGCCCUGCUUCCCCCAAAAGAAGGAGGUGCGCCCCGGUUAUGUCUCCGGUGUCUUCACCGCAGAAAUAUCUGCGCAUGGAGCCAUCGCCUUUCGGGGAAGUGUCGUCCAGACUCACCACGGAGCAAAUUCUACACAACAUUAAACAGGAGUACAAGAGGUUUCAGAAACGGCGACACCUGGACAGUGCUUUCCAGCAGGCUGAAGGCUGUCCUCUGGACCUGCAGAACAUUCCCGGUGGAUCUGCCUUACCAGGUACAUCCUCAGGUGCUUCAUCUCCUGCCAGGAAAGAACAGCCUUUGUUUUCCCUCAGACAAGUUGGGAUGAUCUGCGAAAGACUACUGAAGGAGCGAGAGGACAAAAUCCGUGAGGAGUAUGACGAGAUUCUGACGACAAAGCUUGCAGAGCAAUAUGACGCCUUUGUCAAGUUCACCCAUGACCAGCUGAUGCGAAGGUUUGGAGAGCAGCCUGCAAGCUAUGUUUCCUGAGGUCGGCGCCCAAAUGGAGUACCAUUUACUGCAAACUAAUCCAGGGCCUCACUGGGUCUAGUUGGACUUUUCUCCUAGCUGUGCCAUAUCGCCUCUAUGUGGACUCUCUGCCUCAGGCAUCAGUUAGUGGCACUGAUGUUUGCUGUUGCCUCCAGAGUUUGGAGGGCGCCCUGCUGCCUUCAUGUCUGAGGACCCGCUGUGGCUCCACCCGUGGCCUCUCCACUGCCGCAUCGAUAUUUAUUUGGCGUUGUUCUGAUGCCUUUGUGAAAGGCUGACUGCCACCACUCAUUUGACCUUUGAUUUCACUUUAUUUUUUAUCAUAUUGAGUGGUUCCACAGAGAGGAUGUUACUGUCGCGGCUUUUCUGUAUGUACUUUUUUGAAAAAAGGAAUGGCUGAAGGCAGCUUUCAGACUGACUUGAGGAACAGUUGUCUUGGCUUGUUUCAACAUAGUUUAAACUGUACUGGUGAUUACUGCUUUUACACUUGUAUACACUGUAUAUUUUUAUUUUUUUGCUUGAUGUGUGUCCAUUGUACCAUAAUUUCAUGGUUUUAUUUGCUGUAGGUAUAAAGGGGCUUUGAUUCAAGAAAAUCAAACAAAUAAAAGUCUUUACACAAAUGUUAA